AUGAUCGGCGAGACCAACGUAGCCACAGCCGUCUCCGCGACGGAACUCGCCCGGAGACGUUCGAGGACCAAAUGGACCUCAUUAAUGGUCACCAAUCCCAAGAGAGGAGACCUCCUUGACAAAAUCAACGGGCCUGAACUACCAAUUUUUAGGCUUACCCAGAGGGUUCGUCGCGAUCCGGUGGCUUUCGACUGUUCACGCCUACAACCAUCUUCUACGUCGACCGAGCUUCAGAGAGCACAGUUUCUGUAUGAACAGGAAGUCGAUGCUAGGCAGAUACUUUCCGACAUGAAUCCCAUGGCGGAUACCCCGUUCCCGGACGUUGGACUGAUUCGCCGGUACCUAGCUUCGGUUAAGGAUAUGUCACAACAGAUGCGGCUGGCCGGAAGUCCCUACACGAUUCUCGGCACGUUUUGGAUGGAUCAACUAACCUCAUGGACGAUGGAUUUUACUAAAGCGCUGCAGCGCGUUGCUACGGCGGCACUACCGCACAAAUUUAUUUACGUGCAUUCACAUACAUUGUGGUUCCCAGUGGAAAACAUGUAUAUGGUGAAUGGUAUGCGGCUACCGCGUUACCAGGACCACGGGGGCACGCUUGACUUUGCGAACCCGGUGGCGCCCACGGUCCCAGUUACCUUUGGGGAUAGAGCGGCUCCACACUCAAGUGAUCAGCCACGGAAGGGAUACUCGUGGCAUUUUAUAGAAAUGGGUAUCAGGCAGGAUGCCGCUAAGCGGAACUGA